CACUCAUGUUAGCAGCGCAAGAGCAUCUGGUUUAGGCUCCUACCACUACCCUAUCUGUGGGCUGUGCCUUCCCUGAACAGAAACAAGAACCUGCAGUUGUGAAGGAAGCAGGGAAGGAAGGAAGACGAUGUCGUAUGUUCCUCCCCACCUCAGGAGCUCCAGCUCCACUACUGUUGCUGCCAGAAUUUCAUCUCUUUCCCUAGACACCAACGAUCACAGCAAGCUUCCCAAUUCUCACUUCCACACCUCCCUCACUCCUUCGUCCUCCUCCAGCUUCUCCAAUUCCUCUCGCCGCACCUCCGGAGCUCCUCCUCUGUCCCGCACUCUCUCCGUCCCCGACCCUGUGUUCCCUCACUGGCAGCCGUCCGAACGCGUUUCUCGUAUGAAGCCCGAGCAGAUUGAAGAGGUUCGAUUGCGGCUUAAUCUCGAUGUUUCUGUUGCUUCUGACUCUCUUCCUGCACCUGCACCAAUAGAAUCAUUUUCAGACAUGUGCUUGAACCCAAGUAUCAUGAAGGAUAUUGCUUAUCAUGAAUACACAAGGCCAACUUCUAUCCAGGCACAAGCCAUGCCAAUUGCUCUUAGUGGAAGGGAUCUAUUGGGUUGUGCUGAAACUGGCAGUGGAAAAACUGCAGCUUUCACGAUUCCCAUGAUAGAGCAUUGCUUGGCUCAACCACCGAUUCGGCGUGGUGAUGGUCCUUUAGCAUUGGUUUUGGCCCCUACUAGAGAGCUUGCUCAACAAAUAGAGAAAGAGGUUAAAGCUUUUAGCAGAUCACUUGAGUCAUUAAAAACUGCAAUAGUUGUAGGGGGAACUAACAUUGAAAAGCAGAGAUCUGAGCUACGAGCAGGAGUUGACAUAGUGGUUGCUACCCCGGGAAGAUUCAUCGAUCAUUUACAACAAGGAAAUACUUCGCUUUCUAGAAUUUCUUUUGUUGUUCUAGAUGAGGCAGAUAGGAUGCUUGAUAUGGGUUUUGAACCCCAGAUAAGAGAGGUCAUGAGAAAUCUUCCAGAGAAGCAUCAAACAUUGUUAUUUAGUGCAACUAUGCCUGUGGAGAUUGAAGGAUUAGCAAAGGAGUACUUAGCAAGCCCGGUGCAAGUGAACGUAGGGAAAGUGAGUAGCCCAACAGCAAACGUUUGUCAAACUCUUGUGAAGGUUUCUGAAAAUGAGAAGAUUGAUCGGCUUCUGGAUAUGCUUGUUGAGGAGGCGUCACAGGCUGAAAAAUGCAGUCGUCCAUUUCCAUUAACAAUUGUGUUUGUGGAAAGAAAGACAAGGUGUGAUGAAAUUGCUGAAGCAUUGGUAGCCCAAGGUUUAUCUGCUGUUUCUCUUCAUGGUGGCCGUAGUCAAAGUGAAAGAGAGUCUGCUUUGCAUGAUUUUCGAAGUGGCUCCACUAACAUUUUGGUUGCCACUGAUGUUGCAUCUCGUGGCUUGGAUGUCACAGGAGUGUCACAUGUCAUCAAUUUAGAUCUUCCAAAGACCAUGGAAGAUUAUGUGCACCGGAUUGGCAGGACAGGGCGUGCAGGAUCAACAGGCCAGGCGACUUCUUUUUACACUGAUCGUGAUAUGUUCCUUGUUGCAAAUAUAAGGAAGGCUAUAGCUGAUGCUGAGUCUGGGAACGCUGUGGCUUUUGCAACUGGGAAGGUUGCUAGAAGGAAGGAGAAGGAGGCGGCGGCUGCCCAAAAGGAGGCAAAGAUAGCUCUGUCCAAGAACUUAGCUUUUGGAAACGCCUCAAUUGCUAUUGAGGAUAAGUAUAGGUUCAUGAUUACGGCGUCAAAUAACAAAAGAGAGGGUGCAGCAGAUAGUGCUUGGGAUGAUUGAAAACUAUGUUUGACGCCCCUCAGUUAAUUGAUGGAACUUUCCAAAAGCUCCAAGAGACUGUUGAAAUUGUUGCUGUGCAUUGAUAUUGUGGGUCUAGCUUGAGGAGUUGGACGGGACCCAUGGAUGAUCCAGGUUGGUUUUGUCAGAGACUUGGGGCGGAACGACAGCGAGGAUGCUAUUGAUGGAUGAACUAGUUUCUCUGGAAGUUGGGAGUCUGUUUGUGUUGACCUUUUACACCCUUGUAACAGGCUAUUAGCAAAGCGUAGCUUGCUAGAUAGACGCCUAGACUUUGUAGAGCUGGCAUAGGUUAUGCAUCUUGUGUCCGCACAAACGCAAGUUCUCUUUUCUUUCAAAUUGCAUUGCACUGGGGGGAAAAAAGGAGAGACUUAGACAGGUACUCAGUCCAACAUCAUUGUAUAUCCACCUUCAUGUGUUCCACUCCUGCAACCGACAUCAAUCUGUCUCAUCAUAGAACGCUUACAAAAUGUGCUAUUCCUCAUAAUGAGACGGUUUUUUUUUCCUUCUAAUCUUC